CUACAGUAACAACAGCUCAUUGAUCUUAUGCAGAGUUAAACCCAGACGCACAAUUUCUGUCUUUCUCCUUUAACUUCUCUUAUAUCAUUUGGAGCUUCAACACAGCGGAUCUUCAUGACCAGAGUUAAGAUGUCAUGGCAGUCGACACACAGAAGUUCAAAGUUCCGGCAUGUUUAUGGAAAAGCGGGAGGCAGGGAGCAGUGCUACGAGGGAAUCCCCGUCACGCACAGUGUCCAUGACAAUCACUUUUGUGCCGUUAACCCCAAAUUCCUCGCCGUCGUCACCGAGAGCGCUGGUGGAGGGGCGUUCCUCAUUAUACCGCUUCAUAAGCCCGGGCGAAUAGGCCCUCAUUACCCGAAGGUCUGUGGCCACCAUGGCAACGUGAUGGACAUCAAAUGGAGUCCCUUUAUGGACAACAUCAUCGCAUCUAGCUCAGAGGACUGUACGGUGCGAAUCUGGCAGAUUCCUGAUGGUGGUUUGAGGCGGAACAUGACAGAAGCGCUGAUGAUUCUGAUUGGUCACAGCCGGAGGGUGGGGCUUAUUGAGUGGCAUCCCACUUGCAGCAGAAUUCUUCUCAGUGCUGGAAAUGACUGCAAGAUCAUGAUUUGGAAUCUUGAGGAGGGCGUGGCUGUGAAAAUGAUUGACAGUCAUCCAGAUGUUGUGCUCUGUAUGUCCUUCAACACAGAUGGAAGUUUACUGGCCACGAGCUGCAAAGAUAAAAAACUGCGAAUCAUCGAUCCCCGUUCUGGGAAAGUCCUUCAGGAAGCAGACUGUAAAAAUAUCAAAGUGAACCGAGUGGUUUUUCUGGGUAAUCUGAAGUGUGUGCUCACGACAGGCGUAUCGAGAUGGAGCACCAGACAGGUGGCUUUAUGGAAUCAGGAGGACUUGUCUUCACCCAUCACAGAGGAGGAGAUUGAUGGAUUGUCAGGUGUUCUCUUCCCCUUUUAUGAUGCUGACACACACAUGAUUUAUCUGGCUGGAAAGGGUGACGGGAACAUCAGAUAUUAUGAGGUGAGCAGUGAGAAGCCGUACCUGCAGUUCCUGAUGGAGUUCAGAUCUCCUACACCUCAGAAAGGACUAAGUGUGAUGCCCAAACGUGGAGUUGAUGUGGGCGAGUGUGAGAUCUUCAGAUUCUAUAAGCUGGUGACUCUGAAAAGUCUGGUGGAGCCCGUCUCAAUGAUCGUCCCACGCAGGUCAGAGUCGUAUCAGGAGGAUAUUUUCCCGAUGACAGCGGGCACAGAAUCGGCUCUGUCGGCUUCGGAGUGGCUCAGUGGAGUUAACAGAGGGCCCAUGUUGAUAUCUCUUAAGGAAGCUUAUAAGCGUCCAAACGCAGCUGAUCUGAGAGCAGCUAAACAGGACAGACGGACAGUGAAUGGUAUCGACUUACUGGAGAACGUUUCACCAAACACAGACAAGGAGCUCCUAAAGAUGGUCUUCAGACAACAGGAAGAGCUGAGACAACACAAGGAUGAACUGAGAGAAAAAGACGAUAAAAUCCAACAACUGGAGCUGCAACUCAGAAACAUGAAAAACACGUGACGACAAACAAACAAACAAACAAACAAACAAGGCUGUAAACCCUCAAAGAUCAUUUUUAUAAAGAAUGCACUGAGAAGAUUUAAUUAAAACCCUUUUAUUGAGAUAUUAUGUGUUUUAUUCUGACUAUUCUACAUUACAGCACAGAAGAUGGAUAUAUGUCUGUACCGCUCAAUUAAAGGUACAGAUGUACAUAUGAAGUCUGAUCAGAAAAUACUCUGAAUAUUGAAAAUGUCAAGAACUUGAUUUAUUUAUUAAUUUUUGGAUGUGACAUUAUUGGGGUAGUCAGUCAACAGAUGGAGCCAAAUGAGAGAGCUCCACUAGGCUUUAAAAGAUUUCAUUUGUCUGAGUAUUUAGUGCUUGCAUGUACAUGGGGGGGGUGGGACUAUGGCAAACCGAAUUGACAUUUAUUAAUGUUCAGAGUUAUAGAGAUCUUUAAUAACAUGUUCUUCUUUUCUUCAUUUCUACUGAAAAUGCUCAUUUUUGAUCAGUAAUUAGGUUUGGACUUCUAAAAUAUUGUAAACAAUGACAUCAUUACUCCAUUUUGCAAAUUCUUGGUAUUAAAAAUGUAAUUUUGACUAUUUUAAUUUCUGCUAGUAGAAUUUCACAAUUAUCUGUCGUCUCAUAUUCAAAACGAACAAACAGAUAUCUAUAAUGUCUUACUAGCUCAAAAUAUCACAAAUUAGCAAUGCACUUCUUACUAGUAAAACUCAUUUUUGAUAGCAAUAAUCACACAGUUAAUGGGCUACAAAUAUCCAUUCGCUAAAUAAAAAUGUUGCAUUUUAACUUGUAAAAUUUAAUUAUUGAUAUCUAUAAUUCAUAUCCAAUAUCACAAGCUGAAUUGGCAUU